GCCAUUUAGAACUGAUAAGGAAACACUUUUUCUCACAGAGAAUGGUGAGUGUGGAAUUCUCUGCCUCAGAGGGCGGUGGAGGCAGGUUCUUUGGAUACUUUCAAGAGAGAGGUAGAUAGGGCUCUUAAAGAUAGCGGGGUCAGGGCAUAUGGGGAAAAGGCAGGAACGGGGUACUGAUUGGGGAUGAUCACAUUGAAUGGCGGUGCUGGCUCGAAGGGCCGAAUGGCCUACUCCUGCACCAAUUGUCUGUCUAAAAGUGGAUGUUUUCACACACCCAACAGCAAGAAGACAAAGUUAGACACGUUUCAGCUUUUGCUGUAUUUCCUGUAUCACCGCCAAAUACUCGGAUGUUUGAUUGUGAGAAGAUAAACAUGUUUAUCUUGAAGUAGACAUAGAAUGGGAAACGUAUAUCUCAGCGUUCUCAACCAGCAAUGUUAUCACUCAGGAAGUCAGGCGGUGAACCCACACACAGUCGUUGUAAACCAGAGACGCUGCCGAGAGAAAGAGGGAGGGGAGAGAGUGUGAAAGAGCGAGAAAGAGAGAGAGAGAGAGAGAGAGAGAGAGAAACCCCAUGCCAUUCAGUCACCUUCUUGGAAACAUGAGGUUCCCCGUCUAUCACGGGCGCAUCACCCGCGCAGAGACUGAAGAUCGGUUGGCAUCGAUGGGGAAUGACGGAAGUUACCUGCUCCGAGAUAGCGAGACCGUGCCAGGAGCCUAUUGUCUGUGUGUGUUGAAUCAACCCUUUGUUCAUACUUAUCGGGUUUCCGAAACUUCUGGGAAAUGGUCUGUUCAGACAUUGAAAGGAGUUCCACCACGUUAUUUCAGCAGCAUAGAACAGCUCCUGCUGGCGUAUGAGAAACCAGACCAAGGCUUAGUGGUAACUUUGCUGCAUCCAGUGGAAUAUACAACAUCUAAAAUCCAAAACCACAACGAAGACUUGCAGGAAGAACGAGCGUACAUGGAAAUGCUCGGCAUAUGACAUGGACCUAGUACAAGAGAAGAGUCUCCAGAGCAUCACGAAGUGUUAUCUUGGAAAUAAAUACAUUAUUCUGCUCCAAUGCUGUAAUUCUAGAUUAGUUAUUCCUUUAAACAUGCUGCAUCCAUGAAAAUGUGAAAAUCCAUUUGGUGUAAAUGAUAUAAUAUCCUAAUUUUUCCAAGCUGUAGAAUUCACUAAUGUAAACUAUAUUGCAAUCUUAUCUUGCCUACUUUAUGUAUAAUGUAGCAUAGAUGGAGACCAUUUGGCCCAUUUUACACCGCAUGCUCUGUGAUAGAGCCAUUUAUUUGGUUCAAGGGGGCUGGCUGGUUCAGGCUAAACUGAAUGAAAUAUAUAUUACUAAAAGUAAGAUCUUGACCACUUCCUGUUUUUCUGUUUCAUGAUUUUUGAAAAACGCUGCCACUUGCUGCUGUGAUUUUUGGCCAUCUUACUCAGAGUCCCCCUCCGCUGCGCAGGACAAGAGGAUUUUUCCCAUCGAUAAAAAAUAAAAUAGUUAUUAAUGUUUAAAAAAUGUUGACAUUCUCUCUGCUGCCCCUGCUGGUGGGAGGGGGGGAGGGACUAUAAAACCCAGAAGUGUUAUGUAUCACUCAGUCUCUGCAAGAUGGAGGAAGCGAGAGGGUCACGUCUCUCUGAGCUGUGAAUAACACUGAACACAUGUCUACUCCACUGUGAGUAUCCUUAAUGUGCUUUGAAAAUGAAAAUAUGGUUGCUUUUAAAUGCUGCACUGCAAAUGGUUGUUGCUGGUGGUGGUAACUGCUUUGAAAUGCUGCACUGCAAAUGGUUGUUGGUGGUAACUUGACAACUUCCUGAUUGCACUGCAUAUUGAUUUUAGUUAAAACGCUACCACAUAUGGCUGUGAUUUUGGCCAUCUUACUCAGUCCCCCUCCGCUCAUCAGGUGCAGAGGAUUUUUCCCAUCAAUGAAGCCUUGCACCCUGCUUGAAAUGGUAUGAAACUGCACUUCAAUUUGGUUGUCUUGCACCCUGCUUGAAGUGGCAUGAAACUGCACUUGAGUUUGGUGGCCCUGCACCCUGCUUGAAGUGGUAGAAAACUGCACUUGAGUUUGGUGGCCUUGCACCCUGCUUGAAAUGGAAUUUCAAGAAAUAGCCGUGAGUCAACUGCUUGCCCACCAGCCGUGAGUGAGCUGCCAGCACAUCAGGCUUGAGUGACUGAGCUGUCACCCCAAGAAUCCAUUUGGCCCACAAUGUCCAUACUAGCCCUCUGGAAACCAGCCCCUUCAGCCCGCAAUACCCAUACUAGCACUCCAGAAAGCCCC